CAAUGACAAUUGGGGAACUGAUACUGAGUGGGGGGUAAACCGAUUUAGUGCGAAUGAAUGGUAAGAGAUGGCCGCAUGCACGUUCACCUUGUUUGGCCAUGUGGCCACACACCGGGCGAGGCGGGUAACAUUCCUCAGCCUAUCUCCCUCUCCCUCCUGCCCUCUCUCUUACGGGAGCACCUCCUGCAUCUUACAUAGAACACUCUCAUCAUCUGAUGGAUCCAAUCCAAAUCCAUAUCCAAUCAUUCGACUGGCUCACUGGUCUCCUUCCAUUCAUUACCGCGUACAAUAGCACCGCCCAGUUUAUUCUUGACUCUCGCCCUUUUCCUCUUUCCAUAUCCAAUUCGGACAAUGAGCUGACUCACAGCGAUACCCAGACCCGCCCUACCUUUUUGUAUUACCAGUACCGUAACAGGCGUGCCGUAAACGCCAUCUGUUGCGGUUUCAUACCGCAUACCGGUUCAUCACGCUCACCUCUCAGGCCAUCAAGGAUCCGGAGGGGGGGGCCCACCUUGGUCCCUUCAUUCCCGGGAGUUGAUACCCUGAUACCGUGAUGGCCUUGAUCCUGAUGAUAGUGUUCAUAACUUUACCGUCGUUCCCUCCCAAAUCAAACUAACCGUCAGCGCACAACGAAAACCGGAUAUCUCACAUGGUCCAGGUAGAUUUUCGAACGUUUAGUAGAGCCGCAUCGCAGAGGGUGUUUUUUAUUUCAAGUCCAUGAAAUACAUAAUAGUAUGUUCAAUAAUAAGAGACGAAAGUAAAAGAGAGCACGUCGACGGACGGGAAUCGAGCACGAGGGAUUAUGAAAGCAAUAUAUCCAAGCCAGACAACAAUGCAAGGGGGCCAAGGGACAAAAUAUACGCCGGUAUACUCAAAUAACGCGAUGGAGAGAGUGAGAGGAAAAUAAGCACAGGGAAUAUCGAAACAAAUAGUCGCAGUAAAAAUGUAACGAGGAGACGAGGAGAGGAAGGGGAUGAUUUUGAAAGAGAAAAAAGUCUACUAGGGAAACAUGAUAUUAGAAGGGAACACCACCCCAUCCGCCCUGAUCAAAAUAAUCGGCCUCCUCUUCGCAACCUGGUUUUCAGGCGGCAAACACCCAAGCACCUCCGUGCACCUCACCUCCACAUACGGCGAAGGCUCAGACCCAAAGAAAACAUGCACAGGAUCAGCCUUGUUAAAGUUUUCGCCGUACACCGUCAGCAUCUUCGAGAGAUGCGGGUUCGGCUUGGAGAGCACCCCGCGCGAUUGGGCGCAGUUCGAUUUGGGGGCUUCCGCGGCACGGUCGGGAGGGAGGUAUUUCACGACGCCUGGAAAGGGCGUCACGGGCUUGGAUGGGAUCGGGAACGACCCAGUUUGUGGUGCAUUCUGGUUAUCGAACAGAACGGGAGGCACGUAAAAGUUGUACCGGAC